AUGGAGUCGCUCAAUGUGCCACCUGCAGUGGUAGAUUGGCUGUUUAAAGUUACACAGCCCUAUUAUGAUGGCAGGACAACAUUUAGGGAUGUAUUAUACACGCUGAGCGAGUUCAGGAAUUUGAGGCCGAGAACUAAAACCUAUACAGAUUUCCAAGGCAAGCCACAGCUGUUGUUGUGUUUAUAUGGACAAAUUGAAAGCGUGAAGAUCUCCAUUCCUGUAUUGAUAUGGAUUCCGAUAGAGUACCCAAUUUUGGCGCCCUACGCUUACUUGGAUCUUGCGGCACUCAAAGAUAAAGAAGUUAAGGUUUCUGGGGAGGCUGUAGAUCCCAAUGGUGUCUUUUUCUUGCCCAUCAUCUCCCGUUGGAGCCCCGAAUCCUGCAAUUUGCGAGACCUGGUGUAUGAGUUGUCAUAUGUAGUAAUGCAAAAUCCGCCCUUAAUGGUGGAGAUUACUAGCACACGGAGUCCUCCCCUUCCCGAACGUCUCAAAUUGGAAGCGCCAGCCCUACCGCCAAAGAAUCUGUCAGAAGUGAUAGACGAGGAGGCAUCCGAUGUUAGUAAUACGAAUUUAGAGGCUCCUGCUCCUGCUCCUGCUCCUGCUCCUGCUCUUCCUCCUAAACCGCCCCAUUUUGAACAAAGACAGCCUUCGUUCGUCUCUGAAGCCGCUCCGGAAGACCCUUCACCCACGAUAUUCCAACGCCAAGGCUCUCCGAAACCGGUAGCACAACCAAACCUUAUGGACAUGGAUGCCGAAAGUUCACAAAACUCAUCGUACACCGGUGCUCUCGAGACGCUGCGCAGUGUUGUUGUAUUACUAACCGAACAAGACCAUAAAGAGGUUCAAGAAACGUUGCGAACGAGAAUGUAUGCUAUUCAAAAUGCUACGACACAAUUUCGGAGUAUAUGUGACCAUGAACGGGCACUUGUGGAACAAAAAGAGCAAGCUUUGAGGAAAAGGCAUGAUUCUCUUACAAGUGGUCUAGAUCAAAUUAACGCACAGUUAAAUAAAGCACAACAGUACGUUCAAGACCAUGGUCCCGAAGUCGACUUGCAGUCAAUGCUUGCACCGGAUGCCGCCGGCGUUCAGCAGUUGAGGCAACUGGUUGCACGAGACCAUGCUAUAACUGAUACAGUACAUGCUUUGAGUCGAAUGCUGGGCCAAAGCACCAUCUCGCUAGACAUGUUCAUGCGAAAAGUGCGAACCUUGGGCAGAGAUCAGUUUUUGAUUCGUGCUCAUAUGAACAAAAUUGUGGAGAAAGCUCGCAUGUGA